GCUGACAGAGAACUCCAGGUUCGGGAGGAGAGAUUAGAUCUCAAAGAAAGUGUAGAAGCUGAGUUGACCCAGCUGCUCGCUGACCGUCUUCAAAUCUCUCUCAGAUAUGAACCUGAACCAGGGAGAUUAACCCUUGGGGUUAUGACUGCCAGAAUCCUGUCAAUACCAGUCCAGGAUAGAGAUGCAGACGUUUAUGUGAAAGUUACAUUGUUCGAAGGAAAGCGGGUAAUUAAAGCCAAGAAGACUCGACUCAUUAAUAUAAGUGAAGAAGUUUGUUUCAAUGAGAGGUUUAGUAUCCUUCUUCCUUCAACAUUCCUAGACGGAGUCUCAUGUGUGGUCAGCCUGUGUUCUAGGUCUGCGCUAGGAGUUAAGCAAGUGCUUGGAAGAAGUUCCGUUGGUCCGUAUGCUUUCUGUAGUGGGCUUGGUUUAGAACAGUGGCAGGCAGGCAGUUCAAACAGUCAUCAAGCAAUAAUAAUUUAUCUAUCAACUAAUCAAAAUUAAAUGCACAUUAAUUAAUAAAUUAUUUAAAAUUCAAUACA